UCCAAUUACAUCAAUGAUGGGGCACAAUUCCUUCCAGUGACACAAAUGAUAGGGUCCAAUGACAUCAAUGAUGGGGCACAAUUCCUUCCAGUGACACAAAUGAUAAGGUCCAAUGACAUCAAUGGUGGGGCACAAUUCCUUCCAGUGACACAAAUGAUAGGGUCCAAUGACAUCAAAGGUGGGGCACAAUUCCUUCCAGUGACACAAAUGAUAAGGUCCAAUGAUAUCAAUGAUGAGGCACAAUUCCUUCCAGUGGCACAAAUGAUAGGGUCCAAUGAC